AUGAAAGUGAAGAAUGUGGUCGAAUUCGUUCAUUCACCUUCAGAUGUCGGCUACCGGUCCAGAAGUGAAUUCCGACUUGAACUGCAACGAAUGUACGACGUGACUGUCUACUCCUUCUUCAUUCCCGUCAUAUUUUACAUAAUAACAAGAUUUGUCAGCCUGGCGAUGGAGUUGAAAGUUACCAUCGAGAGUGUUGAUUACAUCACUAAUCAGGUGAAUGAGCAGAAGAAAGAAUAUGAGGACUCAGUGUACAGAUUCGUGCGUGAUGCGUGGAUUGUCAGGAAGUAUUACGAUUGCGUACAAGGGUCAUUCAAUCCGCUUGAAGAAUUGACAACAGAAGUAUGUUGACA